AUGGCCGAUGAAACAGGUGUUGCCGAGGAUACCUCGAUUACCUUCACGGUCAAGUCAUCUACUGAUGCUAAAUUUACUUUGACCCUUCCAAUUUCCACUUCCGUCUCGGAUCUCAAGCAGAGGCUCUCAAGUGCCGAAUACGCCGAUACCCCGGCAGAACGUCAGCGCCUGAUCUAUUCCGGUCGAGUUCUCAAGGAUAAUGAGACGCUAGAGACCUACAAGAUCAAGGAUGGCCACACCAUUCAUCUGGUGAAGAGUGCCGCAAGCAACCAACAGCGUCAGAAUACAGCUGCUCAACCGACUAUUUCCGCCGCCCCCGCCGGAUCGACGAGUCAACCCGCUGCGGGUGUCCCUACCAACCUCGCUGCAGGAACGGGCAACAAUCCCCUGGCGGGUCUGACUGGUGCGCGAUAUGCCGGCUUUGCCCAGCUUCCUGGGGCUGGCCUCUUUGGUCCUGAUGGUGGGAUGGGCCCUCCGCCAGAUACCGAGACGAUGCUGAACAUGCUCGAGAACCCUCAAUUUCAAUCGACCAUCAAUGAGGCCCUGCAAAACCCCGCCAUGAUCGACAUGAUGAUCCAACAGAACCCUAUGCUUCGGGACAUGGGCCCCGGCGUGCGACAGAUGAUGCAGAGCCCUGAGUUUCGGCGUAUGUUGACCGACCCGAGCUCGAUUCGGCAAAUGAUGCAAAUGCAACGAGCAAUGGGGAUGGGUGGAGGCGGGCUUGGUGGCGAUAGCGCAUUCCCGGCGCCCGGCGUCACCAAUACCACCGAGGAAACCCAGAACACACAACAGCAGAAUACCCCUGCCAACCCAUUUGGCCAAAUGCCGCAGGGUCCAGCUGGAAAUCCCUUCGCGGCCCUUUUCGGGGGGAACGGCUUCGCAAACCUCGCCCAGCCUCCAUCCGCCACCCCUGGUGCAGGCGCCAAUCAACCCGAAGGCACUCCAGGUGCCGCAGAGACCGAUACAGAUCGAUCUCCCGCUGGAGAAGGACAGAAUCCACAAGCUACAGCCAACCCUUUUGCUUCCCUAUUCAACCCGGCUCUCUUCGGCAAUAACGGAGGUGGCCAGGCGGGGAUCAACCCAUUUAACCCCCAGCAGAAUCCGUUCCUGAACGACCCUGCGAUGCUCUCACGAAUGAUGCAAGCAAUGGGAGGAGGACAAGGUCCGGCAGGCGGGGGUCCAGACAUGGGUAAUCUGGCCUCUUUGUUUGGCGGAGGCGGUUUUGGCAGUCCUCAGCCGCCAGAUAACCGCCCUCCGGAAGAGAGAUAUGCUGAACAGCUCCGACAGUUGAAUGAUAUGGGGUUCUAUGAGUUUGAACGCAACAUCGAGGCGCUGCGUCGGGCAGGGGGCAGUGUGCAAGGUGCGGUGGAAUAUCUUCUGAGCCACCCAUCAUGA